AGACGCGAGGCGGGGAAGAAGAAAGAAACAGGACGUUGUGUUAAAUCUGAGAAUGUGCAGAUUGCUGAAGAUGAAUAAACCUCUUUAGUUUCUGUCACGUCCCAAUUAUCAGACCGUGUGUCUGCUCGACAAACCGACUGAGAGUGCAGGCUGCCGAUCCUCCGCUGGGUUCACCAGGCUCUCUGAAGUUUCUCCAGUCAUCCACUCAUCAUGGUGGAGUACUACCAGGUUUUAGGAGUACGGAAGGAUGCGUCUGCAGAUGACAUAAAGAAAGCGUACAGAAAGCUGGCCCUGAGGUGGCACCCAGAUAAAAACCCAGAGAACAAAGAGGAGGCUGAGAAGAAGUUCAAGGAGUUGUCGGAGGCUUAUGAAGUCCUGUCUGAUGCAAACAAGAGGAGUAUAUAUGAUCGUUAUGGCAAAGAGGGGCUGACAGGGAGCAACGGUGGAAGAGGGGCGCACUUCCACAAUGGAGAGCAUUUCCAUGAACCUUUCACGUUCCGUAACCCAGAAGAUGUUUUCAGGGAAUUCUUUGGUGCCAGAGACCCGUUUGCAGACUUUUUUGGUGCAGAUCCAUUUAGUGAUGACUCGUUUUUUGGUAGUGGCCGGCGGCACCAAAGCCGGGCAAGUCGUAGCCGGACAGGUGGCCCUUUUUUGGGGGGCUUUGGUUUCCCAGCCUUCGGUGCCGGCUUCUCCCCUUUUGACCCAGCCUUUGGUUCUUUUGGCUCCAUGAGCGCCGUGGGUCAUAUCGGUCACAUGGGUCACAUGACAACAAUGGGCAGUAUGGGAGGAGGCGGCUUCACCUCUUUCUCAUCAACCUCUUUUGGAGGAGGAGGUGGAGGAAGCAUGGGCAACUUUCGAUCUGUGUCUACCUCCACCAAGACCAUCAACGGCAGGAAGAUCACUACUAAAAGAAUUGUAGAGAACGGUCAGGAGAGAGUUGAGGUGGAAGAGGACGGCCGGCUACGCUCAUUAACCAUUAAUGGCAAAGAGCAGCUGCUGCGACUGGAACACAAGUGAAGACACGCAAACAUCCUCCACUGGAGACGUGUUACCUCAGUACCGAGAUCCCAAUAAAACUUGAGCUCACAGUGGAAUAAACAAAGCAACAAAACAAUGUAAUAAUAGCUGUGUUUCAUUAGUUGGUUACUUACGUUGUGCUGUUCCAUUCAUGUCCUUCCCCUGCUGACUCUCAUUUGUUAACCAACACUUUGACUCCAAGGGUUUUCUAUGCAUUUAGUUGUUGUCUAUGAAUCGAAGCCGUCCUUUAUUUUUGCUCAGGGUGGUGUUAUUUUAACGUUUGGGACCACAGUAUUGUUUUGAUGUUCUUCCCCAUUUCAGUACUUUGAGCUUCGCGUCAUCCACAACGAGGCGUGACUUUGCUCUUUCAUCUGAAUCGGAAAAAAAAAGAUUCUCAUUUCGAAACGUGGGUCAGAAGUUUCUAUCCCAGCACCCCACGUUUAUUGCGUGUCUAACCGAUUCUUAAUUUAUUUAUUUUUAUUAAAAACACAAUGCUGGUAGGAUGUGUUUUGCAAUUUUAUAUGUUCUAAUACCUGUGUUUCUGUUUAUUUAAUGAUGCAUGUAUACCUGUUGAUGUCAAGUCUUAAUGUCAAAGCUUUUGAUGGAAGGCGUUCCAUAAAUGACAAAUGAAUAUGGAAGGAAUUUUGUGUACUUUGUAAACCAAUAAAUCUUGAGUUUCAUCCUGUUUUCAGGAUGUUGAAAUA